ACAUAGCCCCUCUCCUCAAAAGUGAAUAAAUAUAUAAAUUAAAAAAUAAACGUCCGUUCCCACCACCCAGCUUCAGGGCUAAAACGGAAAAAUGAGUGCGCUGCGCUCCACAACCAUACCAAAACAAACCAAUACCAACCCAAACCCUCCCUCAUAUCCUCCCACAUCUUCCCUGCGCUUCUGUGUCCCACAGAACCCAGCAGCCCCGGCUACGCUCCACCGCAGCUGGCAUCUUUUAGGCGCAACGCAUGCGCCUAACCUCUAGGUUCUUUUCCUCUCCUUUCCCCCUCGGCGCGGGGCGGUCUCAGGGUCGACCCGAACUACAAUUCCCAGCAUUCUGCGCGGUGCGGGGCAGGAAGCCUGAGAAUGAGAGAAAGAGGCUCCGGGGGAUAGCGGGCCAGUGAGGGCCUCUCCUCCUUUGAAGCGGUUUUGCGUCUCUUUCCGCCGGUGGCGUCGGCGCUCACGCAGGGGCGGGUCCCGGUAGCGCCAGGCGGUGCAGGGCGGGAAGAGGAGUCGUGGCGGCCGCAGCGGCGGGGACAGCGGCGGCGGCGGCGGCAGGGACAGGGACUGCAGAAGCGGUGGUGCUGUCAGCGCGGCCCUCGGAGAAAUGGGAGAGCCGGGGUCGGAGAUAAUAGAAUCUGUUCCUCCAGCUGGCCCUGAGGCAUCUGAGUCAACAACGGAUGAAAAUGAGGACGACAUUCAGUUUGUCAGUGAAGGACCAUUACGACCUGUUCUUGAAUACAUUGAUCUAGUCAGCAGUGAUGAUGAAGAGCCUAGCACCUCUCAUACAGAUAGAAUGCCUGAAUCUAAGGUGCCAUCCUCUGAGAAUCAUCGCCCAGAAAUGUGCGCUAGCUGCAAUGUUCCUCUUCCCAUUGGAGAUAGCAGCUCCUUCUCUGGGAGUUGUUCCAGCAGUCCAGAAAGGAUAGUUUCUCAAACUUCCUCUGUUGAGAACCCAUUGGAGAACCAGAAAAAUGAUCAAAAUAAUUCAGAUACUAAGAUCUCUGAGACACAGACCCUAAAAUCAUCUCAGAAUUUUCACACUCUGCCUUCAUCUCCACUUCUGGUCCCCCAGGAAUCUUUGGCCUCUUCUGAGGUCAAAGAGAAUUUACAUAUAGAUUCUUCUUCAGCUUCACAGCAUGGACAGGAUGCCAUCCUCUAUCUCCAGACACAAGUAGCUGAGAUGUCCCGAGUGAUACGUGAUCUGCAGUCCAGGAGCUGUUUUAGAUUUCAUCAUUCUAGGCCAAAUGAGAACUCCUCAGUUCCUUGGGACAUCUCCACCUCUAAGGAGGAAAAUUUAUCCACAGUUGAAGAAGAAAUUGAUUACAAAUCACCAUCAGCUGAUGACAAAGGGCAGCCAUCUGACCCCAGCCAAUCUAGUUUCACGGGUCUUUUGAAGAGAAUGGAACAAAGAGGUGUUAUAAAAAGGGUGACAUUACAAUCAGAAGCGGAAUCAUGUGAAGGGAAACCUGAUUGUGUGACCUCUAAAAAACGUUUGGUUCCUCCAUUGCAUCCUCUUCUGAGAAUUGCCACCACUGAGGUUUUUAAAGACCCUGCUGAUUGUCAUCCUUCUUCCUUCAUGGGACACAGAGUAUAUCCUGUGGCCAAGGACACCUCUCCUUUCCAACCAAACCCACCAGCUGAAGGCCCCAUUGUAGAAGCAUUAGAACACAGCAAAAGAGGAAACACAACAUCCCCUCUAGAUUCUACCUCAAAAGAAAUGGAGGUCAUGGGUUGUAGAUUUUACCAUGCUGCCUCAAUUGCAGCUCGAGCUGCUAGCUACAUGGCCUAUAUGACUCAAUAUCAGCGUAAACUCUGGGAAGACAUGGAAGAUCUGGUUCAUGACCCAGAGUUUGAUCGUGGAAAAGCAAGAUGCAUUAUAUCUGAUGGUAUGGAUGCAGGCCUUUGGCAACUUUGUACUACUAGGGACAUAAUGGAUUCUGUAGUCAGAGUUAUGGCCAUGGCCAUAGACUACAGAAGGCAGGCCUGGCUUCGACUUACAUCUCUCACUAAGAAAACCCAGGAGAAGAUCUCCCACUUGCCCUUUGAUGGUACUUCCCUUUUUGGACAAGAUGUAAAAGCUGUUGUUGCAGAAGAGAACAGUAUAAAAGAAAAUGACUAUAAAGAUCACAAUAAAUACUAUAAUCAGCAUCGAUACUUUUAUAGUCAUGAUCAGAAAGCACAUUAUCACAACAGAGGAUAUUCCAAAGGGGAUUGGUACAAACCUCGAAACCACCCCUAUAGAUACAGAAAGAAGGGAGAGUCUCCAGAACGCCAUGGGUAUAAGAAUUAAUAACCUGUUAUGUUCAGCAGGAUAGUCAUUCAAGAUCUUAACUAUUUUACUUGUUCCUCCUGUACAAACAGGAUCUACAGGUAGGAAAUCAUCUAAAAAACUGAGUGCAUGUCUGGAAUGAUCACAGCUGACUUUUGAAUUCUAGACUUUUGAAAUGAAAUAUAUAAUAAAGAGACUCAUGAUUUAUUGGCCAAGUGAGCAGUGGAGACUUUCUUGAAAGGAGGGUUGAACAAAUAUUUAUCCAUUAUUUCUGGUCCAAAAUAAGUUUGGAUGAGGACCACUCAGGAAUCUGAAUCCUCUUGUGAUUAAAGAAAAAUAUAAAGGUCUGUUCCUCAGGAAAAUCUUACUUGUAAACUGAGGACUAGCAGAUUUUGAAUCUAGAAAUAACCUAAUACUAGAUCUCUGUUUACUAAGACCAGAAGUAAAUCCUUCAUUUUUAUGUUAUCAGUGCUUCCUUGUUCAGGGUUCAGUUUGACAGAUCCUCACAAAAUGACACAUCUGUUACAAUGUCUUUAUGUCAAGAUGGUCAACUCACCAAGAGUUCAUACUACUAUCAAGCUCUGUGAGACUUCAGAAUCAGCCGUGAAGCUUUGGGUCAACUAGAAUUCAAAUCAAAUUUUGCCAAAUGCAGUUUGCUUCCCUUUGGAAUGACUAGAUGUCACAGGUCUACUAUGGACACCAAUUGGAAAAAGACUUCUACCUGUAACAUCUCUGUAGAAAUUGCACAGUAUCUUCAUCAAGACUUUGAUGGCCACCAUACCAUCACUACUCAUAAAGCUCCAUGUGAGAGAAUUCUUUGUUGUCAUCAAUCCUAAUAAUCUUUGACCUAUCAAGCUCUCAUAUCAAGCUGUAUGACUGAGUCAUGGUAGUCUCUCACCAUAAGCUGGGCCUUUCACCAAGAUGGCCUUCUUAAACGACCUAUCUUCUAGACGUGUAAUUCUUUUGAGCUUGAUAGUGCAUCACAUUCUAAAUUCAAAAAAGUUAUGCACAUCAGUGCCCUGGAAAUAAAGGAUGUUACUUACACCAUCCAGGCAUGCAAAUCUGAACUCUUAAGAGCAAGAAUUCCAAACAUGCCUGACAAUCUUGUCCUCUUAUUGUCAUAAAGAGGGAUACCAUCCAUCUAGAUUUUAUUGAGAAUCCUUAAGAUUUAAAGCAUAGCUGUGGAUGUAGUGAAGAGAGCAAGCCACACAGUUCUGUUUCUGGAUAUCUAAGUGAUGAUAUCCAUUAAUGAUUUGAAAGGCUGAAAUCAAGACUUAAGCGAUACAUUCUUGGUUAAUCGGUUAAUUUAGUCAGACUCCUAGUGUAAUAGAUGGCUUAUCUUUUUGCUCCCAAUUGGUCCCAGUAAUAGUUUUUCACCGUACUGGAACUGGCAGCAGAUACCUCAAUUAAAUGUCCCACAGUAUCUUCUCUUUAGACUCAAGGUAGUGGAUGUAUGAUAUAUCAGCCCUUAGAUCCAUGUCUUCACAGCAUGACAUCAGGAAUGGAGAAUAUGUCAAGUUUGAGGGGUCUGAAUACAUCACCUAGUAUUAUUUACUUUGCAGCCAAAAACAGUUGUUUUUCUUUUUAUUGACAAACUUAAUACUAUAACUUCUGCAGUUUUUAAUCUUGAUCAAGGCAUUUUGUGUAUACUACUAAGGGAAUAUGGCACUAUUUUAUGGUUUAUGUGGUUUCUUUUCUUGCCAUAGUUCUUUCACAGUGGUAAUUGACAUUUUCUCUGGUGCCACACUUUUUUAUAGUUUAUUGGAAGCUCAUUUCUUACUGCCUCAUUGUAAUCAUAUUCAGCAUCCAUUUUUAAAUCUGCUUUUCUUCCUUAUUUGUGCUACAGUGGUUGAAGGCAUAAAUUUUCCUACUUGGAAGAAAUUAUUUUGUCAGAUAACUUCACGAUACUGGUCUUGUUUGUCCUAUUUGUAGAUUAAACUUGAACUUUUCUUAAUAAAGAGGAUGUCAUUUUGCAAAUUUAGCCCAGUCAUAUAAAGAAUUAAUAUUUACCUUAUUUUCUUUUGUAUUUUACACAAAGUUUUAUUUCUGCUUCUGUGGAAAUAGGUCCAUGCCAGUGUUCUCUACAAACUGUCUUUCAAACCAAAUUCUAGAAGAAUAUUGGUUACCUGAAAAGAAACCAAGGCCUGAGAAAUCAUACAUAGAUUUUUGUAGCUUAUGUGUGCUCCAUCAAUCAAGCAAUCUCAUGUGCUCUUGAUAUUGGCACUGUAGUUUUGUCUUAGAGGAUUUGCCGCUAGCAAGUUCCUGACUAGCUAAGGCUACUUCAGACUCUUUACUUUCCAUUUCUCCCCUUUUCCUUCCGUGAAUUAGAUGCUGUGUCAUAAACUUGGUGGUUUUUGAAAUACCCUUAUUUCAAACCUUAAACUAAACCAAAAUAAGUUAUGCCUGAAAAUGUGAUUGUCUGAAACUAUUUUGGCACUUCCCUUUAGUGUGCUUCUCCUCCCCUUUGCCUUUUAAAUUGUGGUUAAAAAAAAGACAUGUAAAGCUUAGCACCUUAACCAUUUUUUAAGCCUAUGGUAGUGUUGACUAUAUUCACAUUGUUGCACAGUUCUGUUCUCAAGUAUUGGUAGGAUGAUGUUGCUGUUCUCUUUUCCUCUUGUGAUAUUUAUGUUGCUCAGUAAUUAAGUAAAAGUAUCCUUUCUUAGUUACUCUCACUGAUAUGCCCAAGUAUCUCCAAAUACUCUGUUUUACUCAAAGUGUAAAGGUAUUGGGAAAUCAUCAAAUUGGUGACCAACUAGUUCUGAAAGGAUUUGAUAAGUUUAAUAGGGAUGGGGGCAGAAUGCAGAUUAGGAAGAGUUUUUAGCUAUAGAUUAGUUUCUUCACUGCAAAAGAAAUACCCUUAAUGUGUUUAUUUUUUAUUAUUUUAAAAUCUCUGGCAUACUUGAAUGAUGAUAAUGUUAUAAAACUUAAAGCGGGGAUUUGGUCUAGGGAGAUGACCCCAAUAGAAUCAGAAACUCUUAAUUAGUCAGAUAAUAAAUAUUCAUAUUAUGCCUGCCAUGUGCAGAGCCUGUAGCAAAAUUCUCUACUAGGCCAGCCUCUAAUGUUUAAAUACCUCUAGGUUUUCUAGGAGGCCUCGGAAUCGUUGCAAGUUUAAUGAUCUGGUAUUCUCAAAAAGGAUGUAUCUAAUGAUCUUUUUUCUUCAAAUGUUAUUUCUUGAUUAGAUAUAAAAUGUAUACAGAGACAAUAUGGUUUCUUGUCGUUACUGUGUAUAGAGAAGUACUGUUUCCAUUUUUAUAUGAAGUGCCUUUUUAAAUUCUACCCUUUUCUUUAAAACUUAAACUUUGAUGUCUUGCCUAUAUUGCUGGUGAUAUUUAUGUGAGUUUUGUACAGUGAUUUAAUCUUGUACUUUAUUAUUGUGUCAUUUGUACAAUUGCACUAUCUAAAUGUACUCCCUUCUGAAUGUUAAUUUGUUUUCUUUAUAGCACUGUUGAUUCAUUUCAGAAGGUUGUAGAAUACCUUCCUCCCCCUUAUUUAACUAACUAGACAGUAGUUCCUUUUCAUUAUUAAUGAGUGGCCAAUUUUGGGGGGCCUAAGGCAGCUUUGUUUUCUGUAGAUAUGUUCUAGGUUUUCUGAUUGUCUCAUAUCUAACCUUGUUUUUAGCCAUGGUAACACAACUUAUAUUUGAUAAGUGGAUGUGUUUACUUGGUUAGAAUAAGCAAGGGCAUUUUUAAAAAGCAGUAAAUUUGCUGACACUUUAUCUUUUUCUUUUUUUUUUUAAAGACUGAAUGACAGCUUCCUUAUCAGUAUAAUUACAUUUAAACUCUUUUUUUUUUUUUUUUAAACUGUGUGGCAGCUUCUUUAUCAGUAUAAUUCCAUUUAUUUACUUAGCCCUCAAAAUGACAUUUUGAAGGGAGCAUAAACUCUUUCAGGCUACUUGGACACUGUUUAGUAUUCGGUAUUAAUACUACACUAAUAAUUUACUGAGUGAUACCUAAGUGACCUGAUUGAUAAUGUCCUUAAGGACCUGAUACAGCCAGGAUAACCUCUCAGGUAAUGUAAACAAGGAGGUUGAAAAAGACAUUCCAGAAUCCCUUUGUCUGCUAAAAUUGGGUACUGAUGUGGAUAGACAUGACGUUCAUUAUUCUUGAAGAUAAAACUAGUUGACUAGGAUUCUGAUGAAGGCUUGAUAUUGUGGAUUAGAUCUUUGUAGAAAUCGUUUAAAGAUUGCAAUAAGUGAAAUCUUUUUUGGUUUGUUUUUGUUUUUGUUUGAGAUGGAAUUUCGCUCUUACCCAGGCUGGAGUGCAAUGGAGUGCUCACUGCAACCUCUGCCUCCCGGGUUCAAGCAAUUCUCCUGCCUCAGCCUUCCGAGUAACUGGGAUUACAGGCAUGUGCACCAUGCCUGGCUAAUUUUGUAUUUUUGGUAGAGACAGGGUUUCUCCAUGUUGGUCAGGCUGGUUUCAAACUCCCGACCUCAGGUGAUCUUCCCUCCUCGGCCUCCCAAAGUGCUGGGAUUGCAGGCGUGAGCCACUGCGCCCAGCUGUGAAAUCUUUUAUUUAUGUGAGGCGUAUUUUGCCACAGUCUUGCACUGUUUAGGUUCUCUUGCCUUUUGGAAUUUACCAUUCUGUACUUAAUGUUAGUGGCUAGUCCAGUAAUUGAUUGUCUCAUCUGUAUGCAUCUUAUGCAUGUGAUUCAAUUGACUAGAUCAAUUCUGUAUGGUUUAUCAUAGUAGAUACACAAACCAGUCUUUAUUUUUUACUAAGAAAAUAUAUAGGUGGAAGUUAUCAUGAUUAUUGUAUUGAAUGCAAAUCUUUUUAUUAUUUUUCCAGAUAUAUUGAGUUUUAUAAACCAUUAAAAUAUUAUUUUAUGAAAUUUCCCUUCCUGGAUGGAUGAAGAGAAUAUUGUUUUAUUAAAUCUUAUCUUAUUAGUGGGAGAUAUUUGUACUUCUUUAUCUUUUCAUUUACUUGAUUUUUGUUGUAAUGAAAACUUUAGAAGUGUUUGGUACCAUUGAGAUAACUUAUUACUGGAAAUUUUGUUUGCUUCCUGUGGGAUGUAUCUGGAAGUGGUCACAGCCCAACCAUGUCCUUUUGAUGUUGUUAGCAUAUCAGUUAUUCUUUGUUUGGAUCUUUUCUUCUCCUGUAUUCGGCACCUCUUUCUGAAAGAAUGUCUGAUCUUCCCAUAAUCUCUUCGAUGUACAUUAUAUUUUUUAUUCUAUCAGUGUAUACUAGGCAAGAUUUUGAUGUGGCUUUGUGUUUGUAUAUUUAAAUACCAUGUCUUAAACAUUGUUAGAAGAGAUAUUCUAGUUUCUUCUAAUGUCCCUUUUCAAAAAAAUAUAGCCAGUCCAAUAUCUCAAACUAUACUUUGGUUUUUGAACUUAAAUCAACUUUUAGUGCUGCCUUGCUUAAUGGUAGUAUUAUUUUCUCAUUUCUACAUGUUCACACAAAUUUGUUAUGUAUGGUUUAUAGUCAGAUGCAUCUUAUAAAAAAUUUUGAAGCCCAUCCCCAUGGAUUUAUUAUAGUAUAACUGUGAUAUAUUGUAUUUUAAAGUUAACCCAUUUUCUCUGGGUUUUAAGGGCUUAACAGGUUGAGGUAACUAUUUCAAAUGGUCUAUUGGGUGUUUUGAUACUUUGUCAAGAAUUCAAUAAGAAUUUUCAGGUUGUCUGUAUUUUCUUUUAGGACUUUGGAGAUCUUUCAAGUUGUGUUGUUUUCUUGUAUUCCUGAGUAUAUUCCUUUGGUUAAUGAAAGUAAAUAGUUUAUAUUUGGUGAUACUUUUAAAAAUUAUACUUUGACCUUAACUGCUUCAAGUAUUAUGUUAUAGGUUUAGUUAGUAGUCCUUUUGUAAGACUUAACUUUCAUAUGCUAUCUUUUCUCCAUGAGCUAUCAUAGUACUUUUUUCUUUCAUUACCCGUAAAAGUGGCUCUACUACAGCAUUCACCUUUAAGGGCUACAGUUAGGUAGACCUUUUGUUAACUCUACUUUUAUUUGUGAUGGCUAUGUUUCACACUACCUUGAUUUAUAAAUGUAGUAAUGUGUUAAAUAAUUAUCAUGUUGUGGUCCCUUAAUACCUCUUUUGAUUGGUGAGGUAACAGUGAUGUGGAUGAUGAAAUAAAAUAAUAAAAACAUUUACCCAAGUCACUAAACACAGUUUGCAAUUCAUUUUUUUUUAACAUAUUUAAUUUACAUUUAACUACUGUUAGGUAUGCAGACCAUUCCUUUCUGCCUUCACUAUAGUUAUAAUAUAUAAGUAGUUUCAUUUAGAUUCUUGGCACAGAGUGGCCUGUAUAUUGAUCUUUCUUUAAUGGCUUAGAACAACUUCUAUGUAUUCUAACAGGUCUUGGAAGCAUAUUUGUAGCCUUGUGUCUAAUUGUCAUCUUCCUGCCUGGGAAGGCAGAAGAAUCUACAUUUGUAUAGCCUUUAGUACAGGCUCCGUGCUGGUUGCAAGGCACUCUUGAGAGAGAAAUUCAUUGUUACUUUGCAGAUGAAGAACUGAAAUUAAGAGUCAUUAAGCAACUUGCUCAGGUGGUGGAACUGAGCUUUAAAUACAGACUUUUUCCAGUCUCAAUUCAACAUUAUGCUAGCCUGCCUCCAUGUGUUUUUCAAAGCCCUAUUCAAGUCUUCUAUGGUAAAUUAAUUUUACAUACACAAAUCUUGUUCUUUUCAGAACUUUGUUUAUGGCUUUACUGUCACCCCAUUAGUAUUUGAUGUGUUAUAUUAACUAAUUCGUGGUUAUUUCACUUGUCAUAUCAGGAACCUUAUCCUGUUCUACUGAGGUUUCACUGUGCUGGACUGUUUAUUAUUGAUUCAUAGUCAUUGGUUUCUGUUUCCAUUCAUUUUCAGCACUGAUUAUGUUAACCGUAUUGUUAGUGUUUUUUCUUUGUUCUGACUUAUUACAUUCAUUUUGUUUCAUAUAUACACUUUUUUUUUUUUUAAACUGGCAUUUUGAGGUUAUUGGUUUAAUGGAAGGAAAAUGGAAUGGUGUAAAGCACAUGGUAUUUGAAUUCCAAAGGCCUUGAUCCUCAGUAUUAGCAAGUCACUUAUUCUCUUAGCCUCAGUUUUCCUACUCUCAAAUGAGGUAAUAUCCAAAAGUACUUUGAAAACACUAAAGCCUGAUGUAGAUUUCCUUUUUUAAGUAAUUGUGCUGUUUCUAUUCAUAUUCAUAGAUUUCUUGUAAAUAUAGGAUGGUAUUGGAUAUAGAUACAUAUAUUUUAAAAUGUAUUUGACAGCAUGCAAAUGUUCAUUUCAUGCCAUGUGAUCAUAUUCCCCCUUUUAUGUUUUUUAAGUCUAUCUUACAAGCCUAACCAUGUACUAAGUCAUUAAAAGAUGUAUUUAAAGUAAAAUAGUCUCUUUUCUCAAGUACAAGCUAAGAAAUGCUCAUAAUAAACAAUAAUAAGAGAAUGUAGAAUGAAGAGCUAGAGUGUAUAUGUAUGUGUAUAUGAUUUUUGAUAGAUGGUGUUUUGUUACUUUAUAUCUGUUGAAAAUCUUUGUCAAACAUCUUUUUCAGUAACUGCUAUGUGCAGGCAGGUACUGAGAGAGGUCUGAGAAUACUGAGGGUUAAUAAGAGAUGGUAUAUUCUCAAGAGAAAUAAAUACCAGUAAAGUAUAAGAGCAACUGUCCUGUUUGGAAGAAUGCCUGUGGUGAUGGAACAAAAAAGGCCAUAUAGGGGGGUGAGGGAAGCUUUUCUUACCAAGUUCAUGAGCUGAGUUUUGGAGGAUGAUUAAGCAAAAGUUAGUUGGCCUGGUAGAGAAACAUGAGCCAGGCAUUCAGGUGGAGGAACGGAAGUGUGCAACAGUGUGGUGAACAUAAUGGGGUGUGUCUGAUUUCAGAAUGAUAAGAAAUAGUCUUUGGGGAGAACAGAAAUGAAGGAGACUAAACAGAAAGAUGAUAAAUUAUCCAUGAAUAUGUAUUGGUUCCUAUGUAUUCAAAGUGUGCUAAGUUUGUGUAGCCAUUACUUGUUAAGGUUCUAUAAGUUACCUGUCUAGGGGUUGGUUUGUACUGUAGUCCAGUAUGUACAUCUAGAACAAUUCUUUCCCAGAACUGAGCCCACGAAGGGCUUUCAACAGUUCACCUCUGACUCGGGCAGCUCAAGCAAUCAGAAAGAACUGAGGCUCUGGUAGAGAACAACUCUGAGGAUGAACAGGGUAAUGCCUCUAAAGUGGAAUGUGGUAUCCCUUCAUUGUUAAAUGGUUGCAUACUUCACAGUCACCUCUGGAAAGGUGUCCUCACAGGUAGCUAAAAGUAGUUAAUUUCCCUGUGUUUUGAUUUAUAGAUGAUUUCUAGGUGGACUCGGGGAAAAUAAAGAUACUCAUAAAAAUAUUGCUUCAUUGGCAUUUGGAGAUGUUGUAUUGGAAGUGUGUUCCUAAUCACCAGAAUCCUCUCUAGAUGAUUCAGAUAGGAAACUGGGUUAUAGACCUUAUGCCAGUAAUAUCUCUAGCAGCUCCAAUACAUUUUGUCAACUUCCUGUUUGUUUUUUCUCUUAAGUUUCUUUCCUUGCUCUUGGCCACCUUUACCUU